AUGAAUGAUUACUCUAGUGCGUGUAGAGAUAACAUUGUUUGUGAAGUGGUUAAAAGUGGUGGAAGUAAUUCUGUUCAGAGUAAUGGCACAGGUACUACCGAUAGUGAAAAUAAAAGUAACGUAACUAAUGGGAAUGGCAACCUUGAGGAGGAGCAGGAGACAUUCAUCAGUGAAGAAAAAUCAUUAAGGAGGGGCGGUGAAAGAGGUGGAAAAAAGUUGUGCGAAACUGGUGGAGAAGUGGAAAAUUUGCAGAAAGCCCACAAAGACACACUGAGAAAACUGAAGUCAAAUCUCGAAAUAAACCUAAAAAGAGGGGAAGAAAUAAUUAAAAACGCGUGUGUUUUCAUUUCUGACGAUUUAAUAUUAAAAAAAGAAAGUGAAGCCUCGAGAGAUUUUAUAAAAAGAUUAUCCAUGAAUGUCUUCCAUUUGUAUUUUCCACCACAUGCUACUUGUUAUAACAAAAUUUCGAUGGCCCUACUCUUCCUAAGCGGAGGUGUAGAAGACAUUCUAAUUGGCUUGAAAUACCUGAUUGAUAACCUGGACGAAAUAAAUUUCAUAGUUUUGAAAUUUUUAAAAAAACUGAAAAAGAGAAAAAAAAUCAAGAACAAUCAAGUUAUAUUACAUCUCAUCGAAUUUAUCCAAAACAAGCUUUAUGAAAAUAACAUAAAUUAUAGAUACUGCCAAUCCCAUAUGUUGGAUUUUUACGAUAACCUCAUGCAGAGCAAGCGAACUUUUUUCGAGGCAGGUCUACUGAAGGACGCUGUGGAUGUGAAAGACCUGAGACUUAUUUAUUUCUACAAACAUGAUAUUAAAGUGAAAUCAGAAGGAAGUUUUGUUAUGGACAUGCAGAAUCUAAGCAGUGACAGACACAUCGAUGAUGAAUAUUCUUCUGUCGAAUUACAAGAAGAAAAAGAAAUGAAAAAACGAAAUUUUAUAAUAACAGGCAGCGGAUAUGAGUUAAACCAUAAAUAUAUGAAAAAAAAAAAAAAAAAAAAAAAAAAAAAAUUGAUAGGAGAAAUACCUGUCCCAAAUGUGUACUUGGGAUUAUAUACGUGCUUUAAGGAAAAAUCUCUUUACGAUUUAGAAAAUUCUUAUUUGCUUUCCUUGAAAGAAAGAAUGUACAAUUGUGUUAAGAAAUGUGUUAAGAAGUGUGCCAAUAAGUGUGCCAAUAAGUGUGCCAAUAAGUGUGCCAAUAAGUGUGCCAAUAAGUGUGCCAAGAAAUGUGCCAAUAAGUGUGCCAAGAAAUGUGUUAAGAACUAUGCUAAGACGUUGGACGAGAUACCCAACCAUACGUGCAUGCAUGAGGAGAAGAAAAACUACAAACAGGAGGAAGACACAGAUUAUAUAUGCACCUGUCAUACAAGCAUAAUUGUAAAUGUAUUCAGUGAUGCCAAACUGCGAGAAAAGGUUAACAUAGCCAAGAAAGAAGUUAAAAAUACUAAAAAUAUUUUCGCAAAAAUAAAAAAAAUAGAAAAUUUAGUUGAAAAGAUGAUCAAGUACGAUCCUGAAAAUGUUAUUCAAACUGAGGUAGAAGCACCAUCCGAGGUAGAAGCAUCAUACGAUGAGGAUGGCACACCCGAGGGAGACAUGAUACAUGAGAAAGAGAGCGAAAAAGAUUGUAGUACAUUGAGGAAUGAAGAAGAAGAAAAAAAAUUUGGAAAAAGUUCACAUAUUGGUAUGCAUAAAAAAAAUGGAAGACAUAGAAAAGUGGAAUACAAAAAUAGUACGAGAAUCCAAGAGGAAAAAGGACAGAUGAAAAGAAAUUUCUCCCAAAUGAAAGGAGAACAAUGGGUGGAAGAACACUCCGAAAUGACACACAAUACAGUGAAAAGUACAAAUUAUAGCUACUGCCCCAAUAGAACAUUUUCUCAGAAAUUUUCCUCAGAAAAAAAAAAAAAAAAAAAAAAAUUAAAUCAAGAACCAGAGGAUUCAACUCUACAAAGUGAUGAAAGCAUAAAAACAUACUAUUACGAGAACUAUGAUUUUAAUUUUGUUUUCUUGGGAAGUGUUAAUAAGGGAUCCGAUAGGCAUAGGUCUUUGUUGUUUAAGCUAUUGUGUGAUUCAGUUGAUAUCCCUUGCAGAUUCAUCCGUUACACAAAAAACGAGAGAGUCAAAUAUUUCAACCUUGUCUUGGUUCCAUCCCUUCCAGAACAAAACAUCAUAGAAUGUAUAAUUCCAAUUUUUUGGGAGGAUAAGAUAAAAAUGAAAAUGAAUUUGAAUACACAAUCCAAAAUAACUAUUUCGAGUUUUAUGAAUAAUGUAAAAGUGCCUCUUGGAUACAUUGAUAAAUUCUUUUUAAAAAUAUGGGAGAGAAGCAACGAGGUGAUAAACUUAGAUGACUAUUUUAUCUUUAACAAGAAAUUGGGAGUGGGGGGAUUUGGGGAAGUGUGGAAUGUGUCAUUAAAAGAGGAUGCAGAAUGUCAAGAUUCAUUUUUCUUUUUCAGCAUAAAGGAUACUACACAGUUUGCUUUGAAAAUUAUGGACUUGAACGAAUUCAAUUUGAACGAGUCUGUAAUUAUGCGGGAAAAGGCACACACCAAUGUCGUGCAUAUUUAUUGCACAUUUAAAGGCUACCAGCUGCUAAUGAACAGACAGCACCAAGAAGAGAAAAAGGAGUCUCUUUGUUUUCUCCUGGAAUUAGCGGAUACUUCCUUAGAAAAAAUCUUUUGUGACCAAGGCGUGGUGUACAAUCUAAAUUUCGUUCGAUUAACUCUGCUAGAAAUAGCCAAUGUAAUGGCAUUUAUACAUAAGCCAAAUUCUAAACAAGAGUUUUACAUAUACAGAGAUUUGAAACCAGACAAUGUGCUAAUAAAGAAGAAGAAAAUCCUUAUGACAGAUUUCAACCUAUCGAGAAAGGUCAACGAAGAUUUCGAAUUUCUCAUGAGUCAAUGCUGUGGGACAAAGGGACAUUUGGCUCCAGAACAGAAAAGUGUGGCAUAUAAUAAAACAGUUGAUAUAUGGGCCUUUGGGAUUAUUAUAUCAAAGUUUUUAAAACAUCAAAAUUUUCAUUAUUUUUCUCAUAACGGUUAUAAAAUAGAUUUGAAGCAUUUAGAGAUUCAGGACAAAUUCUUGAUAAAUCUGCUGAUGGCGUGCGUUGAUGAAAAUCCAUUUAUGAGGCCAACUUUUGACGAAAUUACAAGAAUGCUCAUUAACGAAAUUGUAAGAAAUGAGUUAGAGGAAUAUGGGAGGGCACUAAUUUUAAAAUCAAGUUGA